UAUCCACCAGGACACCCACUCCAGCAUUUAUACCACUGGGGCUAGAAGCCUUGAGGACACACCCUCCAAACAGUCUUAGGUCCCUCCGCACAUUAGCACUGCCUGGAAUCCCAGAGGGAAAGCCAGUCAACAUCCCGCAUUCCCUAACGUCACAGGGCCAUUCCUAACCCCUCCCUCGAGAGAAUCUUGCCGUAGCAACAUGAACCUAAGUAUCUGAGGCAAAUAGACCUGAGCUUCAAUCUCAGCCACUAUGUGACCCUGCUAAGCCAUUCACCCUCAGGAGCAUCCACCUUCUACGCGUACACGAGGGAUAUGACAGCUCCAUGUGGAUCAUGAUGCUGGGCCACUGGGGCUGUAAAGCACCUGACACACAGGAGGAGCUCAGUGAAAUGUGGCUACUAUCAUUCCCUCCAGGCCCCGGAGCUCCCCGUCUCCCUCCUUUCUCACCAGCCCCCUCUACCCGUGGUCAGAGGCAAACAUUUAGCAGUUAUCUACUGUUCCGCAGGGUGCACCAGGCUGGCCACUCUAGGUGGUAAAAUCACAAAGCUGUGCUCUGCCCUCAGGUUCCCACUUGCCUAUACAUCCUAGUGUCACCAGGCACUACUGAUCCCCAUCACCUCCUGCCUCCAGCCCUGCAGUCCCUCCUCCCGCUGACCUAUCGCCAUGGCAGCCCUGAUCGCCGAGAACUUCCGCUUCCUAUCGCUCUUCUUCAAGAGCAAGGACGUGAUGAUCUUCAACGGGCUGGUGGCACUGGGCACGGUGGGCAGCCAGGAGCUGUUCUCUGUGGUGGCCUUCCACUGCCCUUGCUCGCCAGCCAGGAACUACCUGUACGGGCUGACGGCCAUCGGUGUGCCCGCCCUCGCGCUCUUCCUCAUCGGCGUCAUCCUCAACAACCAGACCUGGAACCUAGUUACUGAGUGUCAGUACCGGAGAACCAAGAACUGCUCGGCUGCCCCCACCUUCCUCCUUCUGAGCUCCAUCCUGGGCCGCGCGGCCGUGGCCCCCGUCACCUGGUCUGUCAUCUCCCUGCUGCGCGGUGAGGCCUAUGCCUGCGCUCUCAGUGAGUUUGUGGACCCCUCCUCGCUCACAGCCGGGGGAGAGGGCUUCCCGCGAGCCCAUGCCACAGAAAUCCUGGCUAGGUUCCCUUGCGGGGAGGGCCCUGCCAACCUGUCAGCCUUCCGGGAGGAGGUCAGUCGCAGGCUCAAGUACGAGUCCCAGCUCUUUGGGUGGCUGCUCAUCGCUGUGGUGGCCGUCAUGGUGUUCCUGACCAAGUGCCUCAAGCAUUACUGCUCACCGCUCAGCUACCGCCAAGAGGCCUACUGGACACAGUAUCGCAACAACGAGGAGCAGCUGUUCCAGCGCACGGCCGAGGUGCACUCAAGGGUGCUGGCUGCCAACAACGUGCGCCGCUUCUUCGGCUUCGUGGCGCUCAACAAUGACGACGAGGAGCUGAUGGCCAAGUUCCCAGUGGAAGGCACACAGCCACGGCCGCAGUGGAACGCCAUCACCGGCGUCUACCUGUACCGUGAGAACCAGGGCCUCCCACUCUACAGCCGCCUGCACAAGUGGGCCCAGGGUCUGCCGGGCAACGGCACAGCCCCAGACAACGUGGAGAUGGCCCUGUUGGUCUCCUAAGGGCCGUUUCCAUACUCUUUGCAAAUGACAGUCCUUGGUCCAACAGUGAACUCCACUGCCUGCUCACAUUGGCAUCAGAAGGUUUUUUUAAACCAUAGCUCUUUGGGAAAACAGUCCAAGAGAAAGGAACAAAGUAAUCUGGGUACAGAGGAGAGGGCUAGUACACAAUGUGGUCAGCUGACAGGCUUUCUGACCUGAAGAAAUCCCCUCUCCUGUUUCCACCAGCCACUUGGUCAACAGCUUUGGAGGAAAGACCCUUACUCGGAACUGGUCCUUAAUUAACUGUGAUGUAGAUGACCUUUUACUGGUGGACUCAGGCUGAGAAGCCCUGGCCAACAGAGCUAGGUGACCAUGAAACUCACCAGUAGGCUCAUUGUAUAGGAUAUUGUGUGGUUAAUUUGUGUCUAACUGCAUCUGCCCUUCAAUGUAUGCUACUGGCUUUAUUUUAUAUAUUUAAUUUUUUAUAAAGCUUUUCUUAGUAUAAAGGACAA